AUUUACAGACGUUGUAGACGUGGGUCGGCCGGUUGGUGGGUUGCGUCGUACCGUCUGCGCGUGGUGCAUAUUUUUGUCUUGGAAAGAAAUACCAUUUUUCAAGUGUUUUCUUUGCUGUUAAGAUAUGACACUUCAACUCGAAAGUAUGUCUUUAAGUCCGGAAGAGUUAAACCGUCUGAAACAGCGUGCUUUUGAGUCAGAACAGCUUCUUUCUUCUUUGAAGGAUGAGCUGGAAGAGUUGAGUUCCUUAUACGUUAGUAAACGAAACCAUGAUUUGACAAUUAGACUGACCCACGAAAAUGCAGCUCUUAGGCGUCAAGUUGAAGAACAGAAGAACUUGUUGAACAAGAUUGAAUUGCAGAACCAAGUCCCUCAAGUUCCCCGACCUCCGUUCCCACGCCAGGCUGGUGCAGGCAUGUGUACAUCCGCUGCGCCCCCUGCUCAAGCUGAAGACACAAGUCCUAAGGAGGAAAAUAAACCCGCCAAACAAGCUAAGGCUGCUAAGAAGGACCAAACUAAGAAACCUAUCGGUGAAACUAAUAGCUCUUCAAAUAAGCAAGAGGCACCCGUUGACAUUAGUCGCCUGGACUUGCGAGUUGGACGCAUAGUUUCAGCUAAGAAACACCCUGAUGCUGAUGCACUGUAUGUUGAAGAAGUAGAUGUGGGCGAGGAUCAACCACGAACUGUGGUCAGUGGCCUUGUAAGAUUUGUUCCUCUGGAACAGAUGCAGAAUAGAAUGGCUGUACUUUUAUGCAAUUUGAAACCUGCCAAAAUGCGGGGAGUCACCUCCCAGGCUAUGGUUAUGUGUGCAAGUACCCCAGAAAAAGUUGAAAUCUUGGAUCCUCCUUCUGGAUGUCAGCCAGGUGACCAGGUACAUGUGGAAGGAUAUAUCCGCAAUCCUGAUCCUGUCUUAAAUCCAAAACACAAGGUAUUUGAAUCUGUUGCACCUGAUCUAAAGACAGAUAGCAAGAAAAUAGCUACCUACAAAGGUAUAGCUCUUCAUGUGCCUGGCAAAGGAAAUGUAACUGCACCAUCUCUCACAGAAGUGCAGAUAAAGUAGUUAAUAGUAAUUGGAGAAUUUCACUUAAUUUAAAUUAAAUCUUUCUUAACAAUAACAUGAAUAGUUUAUUACUAAAGGUGCCAAAGUAAAAUACAUGAAGCAAAAACCAA